GUGAGUUUCUGACAGCGCAGUCCGUCAUGCAGAAUUUUGGCUUUUGGAGGCAUCCGUAGUUUGUCUCCUACUGCUUGUUUAUUUCAUAGAUUGUAUAUUUUGGCUAGUUGGUGAACGAAAACGAGUUUACUAUAGUUUUGGCAUCAUGUCUGAUAAAAGUGAGCUGAAAGCAGAGCUUGCAAGAAAGAAGCAGCGAUUGGCACAAAUCAGAGAGGAGAAGAAAAGAAAGGAGGAAGAGCGCAAGCAGAAAGAGGCUGACCAGUUGAAAGAUGCUGUACUUAAUCAAGAUGAUUCUGACCUGGAGAAAAAAAGACGUGAAGCUGAAGCCCUUCUCCAGAGUAUGGGCAUAGCGUCAGAUGUUCCUGUUGUCCCUCUUCCAGUGUCGACAACUCCCAAGUCUGCUGGUACACCAAGCGAUGCAGGAAGUCAAGACUCUGACGGCGCUGUGGGACACAGGACUCUGCACUGGGACGCUGACCUGUCCACUCUUCAACUUCACUCUGACUCUGAGCUGGGGUACUGGACACUCUCUUCUCUUCUUUCCUGGCGUGGAACUCCAAAACUGGGAUUGUCCAAAGUCACACAUGUGGACUUCCCUCCCCGUGAAACUGUGUCCUACACAAAAGAGACCCAGACACCUGCGAUGACUCAACAAAAAGAAGUGGAAGAAGAAGAGGAAGAAAUUGUUCCGACUCAACCUGUAGUUGAGAUUCAACCUGAGAAACCGGACCACAAAGAAGAGGAAGAAGCGCCGCCUCAUGAGCUGACUGAGGAAGAAAAACUCCAGAUCCUGCACUCAGAAGAGUUUGUGGACUUCUUUGAGCACAGUGCUCGCAUUAUUGAACGGGCCCUAUCAGAGCACGUAGACAUCUUCUUUGACUAUAGUGGCCGUGACCUGGAGGAGAACGAGGGUGAGACUCAGGCAGGCGCAAAGCUCUCCCUGAACCGACACUUCAUGGACGAGAGCUGGUCCAAGCAUCGUGUUGUCACCUGCCUGGACUGGUCCCCACAGUUUCCUGAACUUCUGGUCGCCUCAUACAACAACAACGAGGAUGCUCCCCACGAGCCAGACGGCGUGGCCUUGGUGUGGAACAUGAAGUACAAGAAGGCUACACCAGAGUACGUCUUCCACUGCCAGUCUGCCGUUAUGUCAGCUGCGUUUGCAAAGUUCCACCCUAAUGUUGUGGUUGGUGGUACGUACUCUGGUCAGAUUGUCCUGUGGGACAACAGGAGCAACAAGAGGACACCAGUACAAAGGACUCCUCUGUCAGCAGCAGCACAUACGCAUCCGGUAUAUUGUGUAAAUGUGGUUGGCACCCAGAAUGCUCACAACCUCAUUAGCAUCUCCACUGAUGGAAAGAUUUGCUCCUGGAGCCUCGACAUGCUGUCUCAGCCACAGGACAGCUUGGAGCUGGUGUUCAAGCAGUCCAAAGCCGUGGCCGUCACCUCCAUGUCCUUCCCUCUCGGAGACGUCAACAACUUCGUGGUGGGCAGUGAGGACGGCUCAGUCUACAUGUCGUGCCGUCAUGGAAGCAAAGCGGGCAUCAGUGAGAUGUUUGAGGGCCACCAAGGGCCCAUCACAGGGAUCCACUGCCACACUGCUGCAGGGCCCAUUGACUUCUCCCACCUCUUUGUCACCUCAUCGUUCGACUGGACCGUCAAACUAUGGAGCACCAAGAAUAACAAGCCGCUGUACUCCUUUGAAGAUAACUCUGACUACGUGUAUGAUGUCAUGUGGUCUCCGACUCAUCCUGCGCUGUUUGCCUGUGUGGACGGACAGGGUCAUCUGGACCUGUGGAACCUCAACAACGACACAGAGGUGCCCACGGCCAGCAUCACUGUGGAGAGUAAUCCAGCCCUCAACAGGCUCAGAUGGGCUCAUUCUGGCAAAGAAAUCGUCGUGGGAGAUUCUGAUGGACGAGUUCUUGUGUAUGAAGUUGGGGAGCAAAUCGCAGUUCCGCGGAACGAUGAAUGGACCCGUUUUGUCCGCACUCUGGCAGAGAUCAAUGAGAACAGAGAUGAUGCCGAGGAACUGGCUGCUCAGCGAUUGGCGGCCUGAUUGAGGUGACGCCGACUUGUUUUGGGGACCAGUGGAGCGCUCGUUAGUCAGCCCCUCCUGAUGGAAGGAACAGAUGUGAUGACAACAUGGUUGCAAGAAAAACAGGUUUCUGCAGAGGUUAUAAAUAAGUGUGGACAUCUUUUCUUUAACUGAUUUUGCUUACACCAGCCUCAGUUAGACUUUUGCCUUUGAGUAUGUGAGCCGCCACCAGUCUUCCUUAAAGGACUACCGCCAGACACCAACAUCCGAAGCCAAACAUCUAAAUCAGUUAUUCUUUCUUCAGCCAUAUAAGCCUUAAAUCUUCUUUUUAAACUGGAUUAUGAAGCACUUUUUUUUUAAUCUCCUGUCCACAUUUGUUUACCACAAACAGCACUCACGGUAACACAGACACAACCUUUAUGCAUCAUCUCCUUACUGAAGCUUGGAUUGAAAAGCUUUUGUACUUCUGUAAUGUUCUUUAUUCUAUCAGGGUUAAAUAUCUGCAGAAAUCAUGUGCUGUAUCAGAGAAUCUUCAAAGUUUGUCAGAUAUGUGAAUGUAACUUUUCACACAGCUGAAACAAUAGUCUCAAAUGAUUUAUUUCAUUAAAAUACAAUAAAUACAUUGAAAUAAU